CGCCUUUAAGAUGACCCGGAAGUGUUUUUAUUUUCACCGGAUAUAUAGUUAGUCAAUGUGACCUGCCUUUACGGACAGUAAUGUUGUAACAGACAAAUUUUGUUCAAAACUUGGAAAAUGUUUCUCACCACAGUGAACUUGGCGAAGGCAAAAUCCAAGACCAUCCUGGUGCAGAUGAUGAGCGCUGCAGGGACUGGAUACUUCUUCAACACAAAGAGGAACCGACUCAGAGACAAACUGGUGCUGCGCAAACAUGAUCCAUUUGUGAACAAGCACGUCCUGUUCUUUGAGAAGAGGAAGAUCAGAUCGAUUUAACAGCAGCACACCAACACACACACAGAUGGACAAAAUGAACUUGCAGAGGUUUAAACACACCAUUUUUAUUGCUGGGGAUGGUACAGCAGGUUAAUCAGAUGGUUGAUGUGUUUGUCCGAGUAUUUCUUCCUGGAUGGGUAAAAAUGGUGUUGCUUUCUGUGCUGCGGGGCCUCCAGAUGGGCUUCAGUAAAAGACACUUCAAACCAAUAAAGUGAUGUUAUGUUCGGGGACCACCA